AUGUCCUCCCGGUCGCAGGACGGCAACAUCACCCACUAUACCCACUAUACCCACAACACUCAUUCUCCUGCACAACCACGAUCCAGCACCAAACGAGAUUCCCUCCAACAGCGGUUUUCCUUUGACAGCAUGGCCACAAGGAUCGCUUCCUCCACAAGCGGCUCGUGCUCAUCAACGGAGUGGGACUCGGAUAUGGAUCGUACCGCAAUGCGCGGCCUUGAUUCGAGCUCAUCAGACGAAGAUUUGGAUGACGACGACGACGAUGUUACGAGUGAGGAGCAGAGUGAGUCGGACUCGGACAGGCGGAGGAUCUCUUCACAGCAUCUCCUCGUCUCUGUCAAGCGACGCAAGGUGAGCGUCGAUGAGGACUAUGAGCGCCUCCGACCGCUCCAGAUGCCCGACGAGGUUGAGACGCGACCGACCAAUAUGGUUAGCUCCAACAAACAACGACAGUCGCGCCCCAUUUCAUCAUCAGCAACGUCGUCAUUCCUCAGCAACAACCAUCGUCGUCAUCAAUCAUCAGCAACUGCAACUACAACGUCUUCGAUACGGCCAUCAAGUUGGCCAGCAAAAAAACGGAAGAGUUUCAUCGCCGAACCCGAAUCCACCUCGACCUUCUCCUUUUCUGACCCUCUUUCAAACGAGCCUUCCUCUUCGGCUACGUUGUCGUCAUCAUCGCCGUUGUCGGCUACUGGGCUGGACACGUCACCGCUUGGAAACGACCCCUCUGUCGAACAUGCAGGAUGGCUCGGAUCAAUCAAGCGACGUAAGAUCCACCAUUUCCCCACCCGAUGGACCUCCAGUCUCUCGCCUUCGCCCUAUAUCAAACUGUUGGCGAUGCGGGACUUUUGGGAUGUCAUGAUGACAAGACUGGACCUUUCCUGGUUGAACCUCUGGACGGCUUCGGGAUCCAAGUCGGAGACGUUGCGAGGAUUUGAUGGUGGCGUGAGCGAUAUGGAGGAUGAUGGAGAUGGAGGGCUUGGGAGAAUUCGUUCGCCUUUGGAGUCUGAGGCUGAGGCUGACGAGAUGGAUACAGAGCAGGUUAACGCCAUUCGAUCAUCAGAUUCGGAGGACAACACUGGCGACACCACUCAGGAACACCAAUCUCGCGCUAUUUUUGAGCAACCUCAAAUGACGCGUAUCUCGAGUCUCAAGAAGAGCGACGACAAGGAUGGCAUUUUGGCGGAGACCAUCGACUCACCGUGGUCCAUGUGUGUGAUGUCGCGUCGUAAGAAGCGAACGGUUGUGCAACACCCGAGCGCGGCGUUGUUCUUGAGAGGCCUCUGGGAAGAGGAGGAGCAUGGCCGACGACAGAAGCAAAUGAUACCCGAGGGUGUUCACAAGCCACUCAGGAGUAAAGUCUUGAACAGGAAGCCCCUUGUACGGACUGCUGCGGCUGCCUCGACCAAGGCUUUUUCGUCUUCAGGAAAGUCUCAGAGUCUUACUAUAGGAUCAGGAUCGUCAUCGACCUUGAAGGAGACUUUGCCUUCAGCGGCUCCAUCCUCAUCGACUAGUGAGAGUUUGACUUCUAGUUCCUCGACCGGAUCUACAUCUGAUGAGAGUGACUCGACUGAUAAGGAGAAGAGCAAGGAAGAGUCUGACUCCCAGGGCGCAUCAAGCAGUAAUGCAGGCGACCAGGAUAUGGUCUUGAGAAAGAAAUACGGCCCCACCGCCGCCCUUCGAUCCAAUGCAGUAUCCGAUGGAUACGAUCUGAAUGAGUACAAGCCGUGGAAGGAUGCCACGAUUACACCUCAUAGAGGCUGCAUUCAGACCCUUCGACAGAUGCGCUGUACAAUGCUGGAGCCUUGGCCAGUAGAGGAGUCGCGCGCCAAAGACGAGUGCUCCAGGAUUCUCCACGUGAUGCGUGAACAGCUCAACGUUGUCAUCAACCUCCAAAUUCACCUGAGAUCGAUGAUUAAAACGGCACCACAGCAGAUGUCGUUCUUGCUAUCGAUCCGUCACCCGGGUCAGAUCUCGAUCGAACUGCUGAGUGCGUUGUAUGGCCCACAGUUCAUGCAGACGAACGCCUUUCGGUCGAUUGAGCAGCUCCUCUGGGGCAAGAACCACUCUUGGAAGGCAGGAGAGUCGUCGCCUUCAUUGUUGUCGUCUUCUCUCCAGCAUCAUCGACCCCCAUCUCAGUUGACGCGCAAUGCCUCUUCCCCUUCCUCAUCGUCGUCUUCGUCUUACUCGCAGCAGCAUCAAUACCAGCAGCGACAACAACAUGCCGAACAUCCAUACCACCACCACAGCGAUCACCGUGAUGUGGAUGAUGGGCACGACAGCAUGUUUGAUGGUGCCGAUGAUGCGCAUCAUUACCAGGAGCACCAUUACCAGGACCAUGGAGACCAUGCCGAAAAUUAUGAGCCCCACCGCCACCACCAAUACCCGCAGCACCACGACUAUGAUCAUGAUUUCGAGCAUGAGCAUGACCAGUCUGUAUACCAUGAGCAUUCCGAGCACUCUUACUACGACCAGCAUCAUCACCACAACCAUCAACAGCAGCAGCAUCAUUCGACUUCUCAAGACCGACACCGUUACGACAGUGAACAAUCGUCGACUCUUCGGUAUACCCGCACUUUGAUGGAGGAUGUGAGCGAGUGUGAGUUUGAGGAUGAGUUUGACGAGCCACCAUACCCGGAUCCUCUGUUGGAGAUUGAUGGGAUUGACGCUGCUACUCAUAGUAUUACUACUGGCUAUUCUGCGGUUGAGAAGCAGACGGAGCGACUGCAAAGGAAAAAUGCUGUGACGAUGUCGAUGGAUGGCGGGUAUGAGAGUGGCGGCGAUGUGAGCGAGGGUGAGAUCGAGGCUCUUGAAAUCUCGUCUUCAUCGACCUCGACCUCGACGUCGUCGUCCUCCUCCUCGUUGGCCGCACGCUCCUUCCAGCGAUAA